AUGUCGAUCUCGAUGUCAGCAGGAGGACUCUCAAAAUGCACCAGAAUCCGCCACAUCGUCAGGCUCCGCCAAAUGCUGCGGCGCUGGCGAACCAAGGCCCGCAUGUCGGCCCACCGAGUACCCUCCGAUGUGCCGGCGGGACACGUGGCGGUGUGCGUGGGCAGUAACUCCAGGAGAUUUGUGGUGCUCGCCACUUACCUGAACCACCCUGUCUUCAAGAAGCUACUAGUUGAGGCGGAGGAAGAGUACGGGUUCUCCAACCACGGUCCUCUCGCCAUUCCCUGCGACGAAGCACUCUUCGAACAACUCCUCCGCUUCAUUUCACGCUCCGACCCUCCUCACUCCACCCGCUUCGACGACUGCCACCUCCCUCUCCGAAACAACCUCGAUUUCUGCCUCGAAUCUCGACCUCUACUCCACUGA